GGGGCCACGGCCUGGGCCCUGGAGUUACUAGAGGCCGCGCCCCGGGCCCACCGCUCCUGCCGCCUGGGUCUCCCCUCGCCAUGGUUCGCCUGCGUCUGCAGUGUCUCGUUUGGGGCUGCUUGUUCACCGCCGUUCACCCAGAGCCUCCCACUCCAUGCAAACAAGAACAGUACCAAGUAAACAGCCAGUGCUGUGAUUUGUGCCCUCCAGGGAAGAAACUGGUGAACCACUGCACUGAGGACACCAACACAGAGUGCCAGCCUUGCCAUGCAGGCGAAUUCCUGGACACCUUGAACACAGAGAGAUGGUGUCACCAGCACAAAUACUGUGACCCCAACCUAGGGCUCCGGGUCGAGAGGGAGGGCACCUUGGAGACAGACGCCACCUGCACCUGUAGAGAGGGACUGCACUGCACCAGCCACACCUGUGACAGCUGUGCCCCACACAGCUCCUGCCCCCCUGGCUUUGGGGUCAAGCACAUCGCUACAGGCGUUUCUGACACCGUCUGCCAACCCUGCCCAGUCGGCUUCUUCUCCAAUGUGUCAUCUGCUUUUGAAAAGUGUCACCCUUGGACAAGCUGCAAGACCAAAGACCAGGCAGAACUGAAGGCGGGGACUAACAUGACUGAUGUUCUCUGUGGUCCCUGGCCUCGGACAAGAGCCCUGGUGGCAAUCCCCAUCACCUUGGGGAUCCUGUUUGCUGUCUUCUUUGCAUCUGCCUGUAUCAGUGAGUCCUCAGAUAAGGUGGUCAAGAAGCCAGACAAGAAGGCUCACCCAGGUGAGGGCGGAAGGAAAGAUCCUGAGGAGAUCAUUUUUCUGGAUGACAUUCCCGGCCAUAACCCUCUGGCUCCAGUGCAGGAGACCCUACACGGGUGCCAGCCGGUCACCCAGGAGGAUGGCAAAGAGAGUCGCAUCUCGGUGCAGGAGAGACAGUGAGACUGUGAGUGCUCAGGAGAGAGGCAGCCUGGGCAAUGGGCAUCUGGUCGGAGAGCCUGGAGCAGCAGCUGCUGUGUGAGGGCAGGGGCUGGCAUGGCGCAGCCCUCUCUGUCUGCCUCCUGAUGUUUAAGUCAGGAGAAGCAGUUCACCUUGGAAGACUUCUCACUCCAGCUCUGGAGCCCAGCCUAUGUCCCAACUUGCUUUUAAAGAUGGAGACAAAACUCUUUGGGGGGCAAUAUAGUAAUAGCCAUCAAGCCCCCCAGCCUACCAGGGAUGUAUCAUGGUGGUUUCCAUGUGGCCGGGGAGACAUGCAAAUAACCAUUGCACUGUUGUUUGUGAUGUGAUAGUGAAAAACUGGAAGCUACUUAUCUGCCCAUCAACAGGGGACUGUCUAAAUAAAAUUGUAAUAUAUUUAUACAACAGAA